GAGGGACGUCACGGGAAAGCCCCGCGAGUGGGCUUUGGGGGAACUGGCACGUGUUGGAGCGCCGGAUGCAUCGCGGCGGCUCCGGGCCGUGCUGAAAGGCAGUCGUGGGCGCGUGUGGGUGGGCACAAGCGCCCUACCAACAAAAGCGCAGCGGCAAUUGGGAGCAAGAACACUGGGUUCAUGGAGUCGGCCUCUGUGUAGGGGGAAAAAUCCACCCGAUCGACGAAAACCUGACAAAAGAACUGUGCAAAUAAACAAAAAGUUGCUUUUUUUUUCUUUUUUGAAAAAAGGGAGAAGCCCCUCAAAAUUUCUGAGGUUGGUUGUGAGGGAAACAAGCCCGCCCGGGGCUCCCAAAGAGGUUGGAAGCAAAGAAGUGCGGGGGAUGCACUGGCCGGCCCGCCAGCCAGCAGCAGCAUCCGUAGCAUCAGCAUCAGCAGCCCGAGAUGCCUCCACCCGUGAAAAAAUGCAUUUGCGAACUAUGCUCCUGCGGGUGUUGGACUUUUGGAACAAAUUGGAAUUGCUAAGGAGAAACAUGCCAAGAUGAGAUACCAACAGGCGUCAUCGUUGCCCUCAUAUUCCUACCAAGAUUUAUGAUCCAUCAGAGAACACCAAAUGCCUUCUUUCAGAGUACACAGAGAACUAUGGAAUCCAUCAAAAUUAUCAACCAAGAGAAUCCUUCAAGCCCAGGAUAGAUUAUCAGAAAGCAAUUGCGCCAAUGGAGGGCAUUUCUACAACCAGGAGAGAUUAUGGUCCUCACAGAGUAUUACCAGUGAAGGUAAAGCCACCCGAUCAGCAUCUUCCAAAUGAAGAGAAUAUGGAUAUGACCACAACAUAUAAACAGGAUUUUAACCCCUACCCUGUCUGUCGAGUAGAUCCUUUCAGACCACGUGAAAACAGGCAUCAAUGUAAAGACAAGAUGGAAUCUCUGGCCACAUAUAAAGUUGAUUACGUGCCCUGGAACCAACCGAAACGUGAGCUAAUAAAGCCAGAUCAGUCCUAUCGCCCAGCAGCCACGAAGUUUGACUACAGAACCACUCACCAGGAUGACUUCCCCUUCAAGGGCCUAGUGACCACAACGAGUUGCAAGCCUCAUUACUCCACCAAGAUGUGCAGCAUCCCCCUAGAGGACUUGACCAACUAUAAGCUGAAUUAUGUGGCACAUCCACUAGAGAAGCGAGUUCCAAUGGACACCAACAAGUUCAAGCCCUGUGAGAUCCCCUUUGAAAGCAUCACUACUCACAAGGAGGCCUUUAGGGGCCUGGCUGGGGAGCCUGCCAAGUCCCUGAAACCCAACCCCAAGGUUAGCAGUUGUGACACUCCCUUCUGUAAUAUAACUGAGUUUCGGGAAAAGUACCAAGUGUGGCCGAUACCCCCGAUGUACUCUCGGCCCCCCGUGACUUAUUCUGCCCCUGAAGAGAAGAUGGACCUCAUGACAACGGUGCAGGCUCACUACACUUAUCAGAAAGGGGGCCCUGCCCAGUGCUGCCGUCCUGUGAUGCCACCCAUGAAAUCGGGGCGCUUUGAAGGCUCCACUACCAACAGAGAUGACUUCAAGCAAUGGCCCACUAACAAGCAGGAGUCCUUUAAGCCCAUCCCUCAGCUAAACUUGUCCAAGGAGCCCAUGGAUUGCCUCACUACUACCAAGACCUUCUUUGUGCCUCAUCCACCAAUUGCCACAAAGAGCUGUAAACCUCUUAUUUCCCCUCAACGGUGUCAGGCCACUGUGACAGGAGAAACAACUUACAACAUCAGCUUUACUCCUAAGGAGCCAGUGAAGUGCCUUGCUUCAUAUCCUGAGCCACCAGGCUACACAUUUGAUGAAGUAGAUGCAUUUGGCCACAGGAUGUAUCGCCCUGUGUCCCUUACUGACCAACUUGGUUCAAGGAAGAAUAGUUGCCUUUCUGCAACUAGACCAGAUGGUUCCAACCAAAGGGAGCUAGCAGUAUCAGCCUGAUUUUUUUUUCUUUUUUGAAAAAAUUUCCCAAAAAUUUUUCUAAAAUUCACAGUACUUAUGACACAGACUGCUGAGAUUUAUUUCUCGAAAAACUCUGACCUUCUCCAUCAUUCCCAGGAAUUAGUUCCUGCUGGAAAAUCUAAAUAAAUGAGAAUCAAUCUACUUUAGGAAAAUGACAGUUAAUCACUGAUGAUUGACUAAUUUCCUCUCUUGACCCUCCCUCCCUCCCUCCAACUCCACUUUUCCCAAACCCCUAAUUUCCUUGUGUUUCUUAAAGAUAGAGCUGGUUCUCUCAGAAGCUAAUUUCUUACAUUUGAACCUCUUAUGGUGGUUCAACCAUUGUAUUGAUAAUGCAAAUAGACUUGAAUACUGACAAGGUUGAUGAAUAAAACAUAUUUUGGGGAAUUGA